AUGUUUCGCGCAAACAGUUCUUCGAAUACCAAAUCUUACAGAAUAACGCCAAAAAUACCAAGUGCUUUCCCACAGUGCGUCGCCAUUCGCAGCACGGAUACUUACAUUUCUUUUUUCGGUUCAAUAUUUAUCGCCAAUAAUUCAAUUCCAUUCUCAAAGAAUACAUGUCGGACAAGCAGAAAGAGCUCUUCGCGGCUAUUGAAGCCAAAGACUGCGAGAAAGCUAUCGAGCUUGAUCGAAUCUGGUGUUGACAUCAACUGUCAUGAUGCAGGAGGAAUGUCUCCACUCGCUGCGGCUGCUUACAGAGGCCUUUCUGAUGUCGUUGAACUAUGUAUAAAGAAAGGAGCCAAUGUGAACGAUAAGGAACACAAGCAAAGCUAUACUCCGCUCAUGUUUGCAGCACUUGCCGGACAGCAUGAAUGUGUUUCUAUAAUCAACAAUCAUGUGAGCAUCGAUGAAAUCGAAAAGUUUCUUUGCCCACAAGUUGCAUCGGCCCCUACGGAAACAUAUCCGGAAAAUCUUUCUCGAUUUAUACACAGAAUGUGCAGCUGGCAUCAGGUUCAUCCUGUUGCUAUUACUCUGGAACUAGGUGGAUAUGAGGACGCUGUUAAGUAUCAGAAGAAGAUCUUGUACGUUGUGGAUCGUGUAUUCGAAAGACAACUGCGAUGCAAGGAAGGCAAUGAAGUGCGAUUUAUUUUUUCGUUCAUUCAGCACGAUUACUAUCUAUUCACCCCUAAUUAA